AUGCAGCCGACAGAGGGCAAUCCUCCGAAACAACCCCAACUGUCAUCGACAGGCCAUCCUCUCCCCCGACGAACUUCUGGAGAACACUCCAUUACCCUGCGACAUCAUCAGCUAGCUCGCGAUGCCUCCUUGAAAGCAAGCCGCGGGUCGGCUCCGCCAAAUCAAAGUAAUGGCGAACACUUGUCAUCUCCCCGUCGAAAUUCGUCGGGUGAGAGCAACGAAACCGGCCAGAGCGACGCCAAUAAAUGGUUUGAUCAGUCAAACCAAAACCCCACAGCUACCUUUCACAGCAAUUCCAUGGAUGUCGCUCACGCUCGCGUAGUCGAUCCACCCUUUUUCCAGAAAGAAUCAGAUUCGUCCAACGAAGAUAAGCCGUAUCAGUAUUUAACAGCCGUGCCUCCAACGCCCAAUGACGCUCGAAGCAGUAGCGCCGAUGACUACCGAAGCGUGAUUGACGAUCUCACCGUGGAGAUCCAGAAAUUGAAGGAAGAGUUGAAGCGAUACAAACAGCACGGCCCCGAUAUGCUUCGAAAAGACAAGCUCUUCGAGAUUAAGAUACAUGGGUUACCUAAAAGGAAAAAGCGCGAGCUGGAAGCGACGCUCCGAGACUUUACAGCAAGCUUAGGGGACUCGCCGGGUAACUCUUCAUCGAAGCGCGACAAGAAAUCGUCCAGGCAUGCUACUCGCGAUGGAAUGACUUCGGGGUCAGGCUCCAUGUCACUAUCGAAACACGCCUCGUCUUCGUCUGGAUCUCACACGCGGCCAGUUGACUCGGCUUAUGCGUCCAUGUCGACUGGUGCUGGCUCCUCUGGAACAUCGUUGAACAGGCCACAAGGAGGCGCGCGAUUCAAGUCUAAUGAGGCAAAAGUAGAGAAUUACUUGCGCGAUAUCCCCGAGGGACUAUAUCCCCGUUCUCUGUCCAUGACGGAAAAGGAAAGGAAGAAGCUUGUGGUCCGACGUCUUGAGCAGAUCUUCACAGGAAAAUUUGCAGGUCGGCAUGCCCGUCGGAACCAGGCUAGCCAAACGGCACCUGCAUCUGCUGCGCAAGUCCCGUUGGGGCCGCCAGGAGCACACUCUCCCCUGCGGCCUUCCUCUGUUCAGCAACCGAAACUGAAGCCAAGUCCAACUGCCGGAUCUGAGCUCUUACGUGAAGCUCGAAUCCUUCCUCAGGAACUUCAUCUCGCAGGAAAGAAGAGCAGAUCGCAAGACAUUGGCUCCGCGUCCAACUCAAACAGAGAUCAGACAGAAUCAGGAGGUAACGGCAAUGGCAAUGGUAGUAGCACAGGAUCAAACCCGUCUCCACCCAUGCCACCACCUCCUGAACAGCGACCUACAAGACCCAAAGACCUCGAUCCUGACCGCAUCCAAAUCCCAUCCGAAAACAUGGAGUACAUCAGACAUUUGGGUCUUGUCCCUCCUGAACUGAUACCCGAUCCACCAUCAGAAAUUGACGUUCACCCCGAUGCCGAAGGGUGGGUUUAUUUGAACCUUGUCUGCAACAUGGCGCAGCUGCACAUCAUGAAUGUCACUCCAGACUUUGUCCGCACUGCCGUCAUUGAUCUCAGUUCCAAAUUUCAGCUGUCGCCAGAUGGCCGAAAAAUCAGAUGGCGCGGCGGCACAGACGGCACUAAAUUCAGUAGCGAGAGCUCGGGUGACAGUUCACAGCGAAGUCCUGAAACAGACGACACGGAGAACACAAAAAAAGGGCACCGUAAGAGGCAAAGAACAGGCCGCUCAACGGGAGAUUCUGGGAGCUCGGGCAAUCGGCCAUCCAAAUUUGGGCCACUGAUGUCUGCGCCCUCUGAAAGUUUUCACUACAAACCCAUCUUCGUUAAUCAGCCUUCGCCCAACGCGCAAUCGUCAAUGGAGGACGGUACUUUGUCGUCUUUCGGUCCCCUCGAAAGUAAUACAGAUUCGCGGUGGGCCCGAAGCGGUUCUGGCGCCUCUAACCGUCGGAAACGCCUCCGGGACGGUGCCAUUAUCUACUACAGUGGUGCUCCGUUCUGUACCGACUUAUCAGGCGACCCAGGAGAUAUAUCCCCUACGACGUAUUUGUUAUCCAGUGAAACAGGACAGUCCGCCUCUCAGAAGAAGCAAUUUCUUCGGCCAUUGCCCUUCCGAUCAGGAUCAGGAUCUUCCUUGGACAGACGACCACUGAGUGACGCUGACCUCGGUCUGGGUGCCAUUUCUGAGAUGAGCAUGAAUGAUGGAGCUAGCGUACCUGAGCUCUCGACUGACUCGGGUGAUGAAUCUAGCGAGCUCGAUAUGGAAUUUUCCUGGGGAGAUAAGCAGCAAACUCUCGAGAUUCAUCCGCUUGAGCCUUGCGGUCUUGGUGGCGUGCGACCAGAAGAUCACUUCAUGGUGGUGGUAACGACGAGGCGCCCAAUGCUUGAUGCUCACGGCGGCCAAUCCGGCGUGAAGCGGCGCAAGCUUUCCGAAGAGGUGACUGACAACAUUAUCCAUCGGCUGGCUACAAUGUCAACGUCCUCGCCUCGCCCACUUGCUCGUCAAUUGCUAUCAAAAGGGGACGUUCCCAGGAUUGGAAUCGAAUACAUGUCGGGCCGCAUAAAACGCCUUGAUCCAGUGGCGCUCCCUCCGCCUGCCAUAUUCUUUCCGCCCUUUAGCGUGGACUCGUGGUCUGAAGACGAAUAUGGAUCCGACGGCGACGACGAGCUUAAUUCUUCCGAAGAGUUUAUGAGUCGUCGAGCCAACCCGCAUCAAUCCGACGACUACCCCGACGGUGUGGACCUGAGCAGCGGCGACGAGGACGGCGAAGAGCCUGAUGACGAUGUUGACAUGGCGGUGACUGAGGACCCAGCCAGCGGCAUGGAUGGGAUCUCUCUGCAGGGUCCACGCGGAUCACGGGCUAGCACCGAGGCUGUUCCAGGGACUCGUGGACGAAGCAACAGCGCUAGGACGGAGGUGUUGCUCCACACUGGAGGCAGCUCUGCGGCGACUGCAGGAGGCGGCGUCGAGAGCGGGUACAACACCAGCUCCGCAGGGAGUGGCUGAUUGUACGGGACAUUUCAUAUUAUGAGACACCCCCUUGAUGAUUCAAGAGGUGCAUGAACGUGAGCUCUGUGAAUCCCACCGAGCCGCACUGUCACAGCAACACCGCGAAGUGUCAUCUCAUGAUUUAUUAGCAGCAGUAGCGGCAUGUAUUGAAGCGACAACGGCAGCUUGUUGGAAAACAGAGAUCAAAAGCGAGCUCUAUGGUAUUCUUUUUUUUUUCUGCCUUGAUGACAGGAUAUCUGUCUGGUACAACUUGAUUUCUGCGAUUACUGAAUUUUUGUUUAAUGAGCUUUUGUUAUAUAUACCUGGGGGACUGGCGUUGAAAAUUAGGGAUUCCCUCCCCCCAACAGCACGAUUCUUCCAAGCGUGCGAUUGAUGAGUUUUGUUUAUCUAGCAUUUGAGUUGUAUAUGUAGUACAGAGAGAUUGUACAGAUGGCUUUUUCUCGGGCCGUGUAUUUAGAGUCUGAAUAGCAUUAUGCAAGUUUACUGGUA